AUGUAUAUCGACAACAGCGCUUAUGACAAGGGUUUAGCAGAGAACUAUGCGCCGUUGAUAGUGGAGAACGUCAAGUCACAACAAUGCACGCACGUUUUUGCUGCCCACUCAGCAUUCGGCAAAAGCCUGAUGCCGAGAGUCGCGGCGCUUCUGGAUGUGCAACAAAUAUCUGACAUCACCGCCAUUGAGAGCGAGGAUACUUUUACGCGGCCGAUCUACGCUGGGAAUGCUAUCUUGACGGUGCAAUCGUCUGACAAAAUCAAGAUCGUGACGCUGAGAGGGACAUCCUUUGCUGUAGCAGAGACCGAGGGCGGCUCUGCUGAAAUCAUUGAAGGGGCCGACCCUAAAGUCGACAUCACGACUGAAUGGGUUUCUGAAGAUCUCGCCAAGUCAGACCGACCGGAUCUUACAAGCGCAAGCAAGGUCGUGUCCGGUGGCAGAGGUCUCAAGUCUAAGGAGGAGUUUGACAGAUUGAUUCCGCCCUUAGCAGAUGCGCUUGGAGCCGCUAUCGGUGCCUCAAGAGCAGCCGUUGAUAGCGGAUUCGCAGACAACAGCCUCCAAGUUGGGCAGACUGGCAAGAAUGUAGCACCGCAGUUGUAUCUCUGCGCCGGCAUAUCUGGAGCGAUCCAGCAUCUCGCUGGCAUGAAGGAUAGUAAAGUGAUUGCGGCUAUUAACAAGGAUGGGGACGCCCCAAUCUUUCAAGUUGCUGACGUUGGCCUUGUUGGAGAUCUCUUCACCAAGGUCCCAGAGUUGACCGGGAAACUUCGGAGAUGA